AUGGGAGAACCACUAAUGAAAUGGGACAAAAGCCUGGCACGCUACGCAAGACGUUUUGCAGCUAAACGCGUUGCUGAUUGCCAGAUGAUCCAUUCUAAUGGUCCUUAUGGUGAGAACAUCUUCUGGGGUGCUCGCAAUAUCUUCUCACCUUCACAGGUGGUGGCUGAAUGGGUCAACGAAAAACAUUACUACAAUAGAACUGAUAACAUCUGCGCAGCCAACAAAAUUUGCGGACACUAUAAGCAGGUGGUGUGGAGAGACACUGUGCGGGUUGGUUGUUCCAUGGUUCAGUGCCUUGAUGGUGGCGCCUAUGCCAUUUGUUCCUAUAGCCCUCCCGGGAAUUAUAGGGGUGAGGACCCCUUUAUAAAGCAUGAAAACGACUAG